AUGUGGAGCUAUUUUCGCUUCUUAUUAUUUUUCGUUGGCCUCAUGACUUGUUAUACACAUGAGCUCUCUGCCACAGUUAAUGUAAGUACUAAUGGGAUAGCUGUCCAAGUUAAGGGAGCUACCCUCAAUUCGAGAGCUUAUUAUGAGAACAGCACUGAUUUAAUCGCACGCGAAGAUCAAUCUGAUUGGUUAACAGAUUUUACAGCAUUAUCCCUCACUAAUACUACAGGAAUGGACACCGACCCUGACUCCACGUUUAUUAAAGGUGAAGAUCUCCAGGAAUGCAUUGAUAUGUCGGAAUGCUCAUGGAUUGCUCAGCGAAAUAAUUCGCGUCCUUGCUGGCAUUGGGAGAUUCCUGCCAGUUUUUUGAAAGCAGUCUAUGAUAUAUUCAUGAUGACUAAUAUGGGCAAUUGCGCAGUUGUGGCUGGUAAUGUGGGCAGUUUUUAUUAUAAGUACUAUCCUAUUGAACCUAACUGCAAUUCGACCAUACACAAGAAGACGAUUACCGAUGCUAUACAACAAGUACUUAAGCAAUCCAAAGAUGGUUAUCUCCGCAACGCAUAUUUCUUCCGUGUCAACCGUGACGGAUUGAAGCAGGGCGACAUCUUAUUUGGAACUACAGUCUCUAUUUGGUUUACUGUCCCCAAAGGGGACCAAUAUAGAGGUUUCAUAGAUAUCGGUUGCAGUAGGCUACAGUCACCGUGUAGUUCUUCAUCACAGGAAGAGAGUACAUAG